AUGAGGAGAACCGCAUCUCUUGCCAUGCUGAAACAUUUGCAGAAAGUUGAAGAAGAAGAAGACGAUGACAAGUUACUGAAAAUCGAAGGCCAACCAAUUGGAGACGUCAACUGCAUGAAGCCCAACAAGCCAGAGCCCAGAAAGCCAUAUGAAUCUCUGUCUUGUGAGAAAUACGGAUCUUGGAGGCAAGAACAGAGGCGAGGAGCAGAGAAGCUGAAAAAACAGCUCAAGGCAAGAUGGGCCAUCCAGAAGCUCGUCGACGAGAUAAUGGGCCGAUUCCAAGCCCAUAACAACCGGGCCAUGCUUCCAACCAAGAUGACUGAUGUGGCCCAACUCCUCAUGCCCAAGUGGAUUCCCGCCCACGAGCUAGCCGCCCUGUGCUGGCUCGGAGACUGGCGGCCCUCCACCAUCCUGGAGCUGCUCCGCUCGUUGGCCCACUCCUUGUGGGACCCAGUCAGCGUUGGGCGGGACCUCGCCCAACUCAUCAACGACAUACGGACCGAAGAGGCUGUCAUCGACGAGGAAAUGACCGAGAUCCAGUCCAACUGUGUGCUUCACCUACCGUUCGGCCCAUCGAGAAGCAGGCCUGCGUUGGCCUGUGUGCGGUCCGAGUUUAAGAAAAUCCACCGGGUCAUUGUCAAGGCCCAAAAUCUAAGGAUGAAGGCACUGGAAUUGGCAGUUAAGAAGGUGGUGAGCCAGGCAGAUGCAGCCGAAUUUCUCGUGGCAUUCGUGGAAAUUCAGGAUGCCGUUCACGAUUUCUCCACGAAACUCAAAAUGCGCAAUGGUGGGGUCCGCAUCAAGGAGCUCGGAGUCCAUUCACCCUCUUGUUCUGGCUAA